UUUUCAGUCUUUUUCUUUAAUUUUUUUUGCAAAGCUUCCCCCCCCCCCCCUCAUUCCAUAUUUCUUACUUAGUCGUAAUCCGAUGCCCCAUUCCCUCAAAUAUUCUCCCUUUUUUUAUUUUUUGACUUCCGCCUUCCCUUCUAUAUUUUUUAGAACAAUUUAUUUUAUUUUUGUUUGUCAAAUUUUACUUGAAUGCUGCUCUCUCUUAAAAACUUUUUUAAUAAAAAAAAACUACAAAACGUGUGGCACAAGCAUUAAAAAUUUUUUUGUUUAG